UGCAUUUUGGGAAGUGUAGUGAUAUUAUGGUUGAUGUUAGUUUAACGUAUUCGCUGUUGAACUACCUUUCCCAGACUCCCAGUGCUCAUACGCGUAUCUGUUUAGGGUUCUGUUUCGUAAGGAAGGGCACAUGUGAAUCCUUGAGUACCAGAGGAGGGAUAAGUUCAAACGAAUUUGAGGAUGUCGACGCUGUCUGCUGCUAGCUGUGAGUCAUCUCCCUUGAGUGCAGCACCUCAGGAGAAGAAGCCGCUGAAGCCUUGUUGUGCUUGUCCAGAGACCAAAAAAGCCAGGGACACCUGCAUCGUCGAGAAAGGCGAAGAAAGUUGCAAUGAGCUGAUCGAGGCGCACAAGGAAUGCAUGCGAGCGCUCGGGUUCAAGGUGUGAUCGGGCACUUUGGAAAGACGUGACGGCAGAAUGGCGUAGCUGGAGUCCACACUUUGGAGACUUCUUCAGUUACACUUGCACCUGAAGCUUAAUAGAGGUUCUACCUCUAAAAGAUGUCUGUUGUGGGCUUUUUUUUUUCCUGUCUCCUAAGGUUGAGGUGACUUAAUGCUGUUUAUUUGUUGUUAACGUAUGUUUUUUCUGCAUAAAUCACAUCUUGUGUAUUAAAUCAAAUUAAAUUAAAGAUAUCCUAUGCAAUCUGA